AUGCUUACCUGUGAAGCUAAAGCCCAAAUAGAUGGAGCCGAGGAGGAGCGCAAUGUGCCGAAGAAGAAAGCGAAGCUCGAUAAGAAGGUACCCCACGUCUUCAGAGCAACACUAAAACAACCAAAGCAAACAAAUCUUAGAGGAAAAUUCACAACCAGCUGCAUGCGUCUUCUGAACCCUGACACAUCGUGCUGGUUAAAUGCCUCUCUUCAAAUGUUGAAAAGAUCAGGAUUUAACAAGCACUUGCAGCAAUGCAUUUCUAUGGAGCCAAGGCAUGAAGAGCUGCGGAAGAUUUUCGACGGAAAGAACGAGUUCAAGGAUACCUCUAAGCUGCGACAGCUCUUCAUAAAUCCACAGCUCAGAACGGGUGUUAACAAUGUCUACAAUGGUGUGGAAGCUCUAAUCAAGGACAUCUCCACUGAGUGCAUGGAAACGGAAGAAGCUCGGGAGCUGUUUUGCUUACGAAUCAACAAACGCGUCGUGAAUUGCACAGGAGGAUGCAAGCCGUACAAAAUGUCUCCAUCCUACCGAACGCCGUACAUCUCUUGCAAGUUGAAGAAAGAUGAAACCUUCCUUGAUUGCGUGGACUCGAGACAACUCAUCUGUGGGAAACACCGAAGCGGAAAAGACACCGGAACGCAGGAGCUUCGCCUAAAUCUCACGAAAAACAAUUCGAAGUACGUAUGGGUGCGAGUGAGUAAGUCCAAUGACCAACCGAUGAAAAUGUGUACCAUCAAGCCGAUGGUCUUCCUCGGGCACACAUUCCUUCUCGUUGGGUUCGAGCAGAUUGUGGGGACGAAUAACAUUCGUCCCCACAAUCUGCUCGAACUUCACACUACUCCACUGACAACUCCCAGCUUCCUGACCCGCUUCUCAAUAGUCCUCGCAAUUCUGAUUCUACCCACUCCAACUCUACUACCAACUCUAUUAGGAAUGAUUCUUUCCAACCCUACAUAA